GGCUUCUUCCUGGGGACACGCCCACGCUGACUAAUGUGAGGAGAGUCACCGAAACCGGAAGCGGUACCGGGAGGCAGCAGAGACAGGCGGAAGUGGAGGGAUCUCUCCGGUAUUCCUGUGGAGGUUUCCUCUCGGUUUGUCCACCUCUACUAGACCGCCACUUCGGGAGUCCCGAUGCCUCUGGGCCUUGGACGCAGGAAGAAGGCUUCUCCGCUAAUGGAGGAAGAUGAUGUGGGGGAACGCACGGCGUUAGGAGUGUCUCAAGCUGGCGGUGUCUCGGGUGGGUCUCUCUCGCCUCAAGCGCCCGGACUCCCGCCUCCCGCUCCUGCCCUGCGGCCUCGCCUGGUGUUCCACGCUCAGCUGGCCCAUGGGAGCCCCACGGGGAGGAUCGAAGGGUUCAGCAAUGUGAAGGAGCUCUACGCCAAGAUAGCGGAGGCCUUCAAUAUACCCGUUGGAGACGUGAUGUUUUGUACCUUGAACACUCACCGGCUGGACAUGGACAAACUUCUGGGUGGUCAGAUAGGCCUUGAGGACUUCAUCUUUGCUCACAUACGAGGACAAAAGAAGGAGCUUGAGGUGUAUAAAUCGGAAGAAUCGUUGGGUCUCACGAUCACGGACAACGGUGCUGGUUAUUCCUUCAUCAAGCGCAUCAAAGAAGGCAGUAUUAUACACCGCAUGCAGCUUAUCAACGUGGGGGACAUGAUCGAAUCCAUCAACGGGAAGAACUUGAUCGGUAGUCGUCACUUUGAAGUAGCCCGGGCCCUGAAAGAGUUACCGCGAGGGAGGACCUUCAACAUGAAGCUCUGCGAACCCAGGAAGGCGUUCGAUAACUGGUUUCUAACUCCAUUGACUUCCUGUAUUCUCUCCCUUCUUGCUGUCCAGGUGUCUGUCAUCGAGGAGAAAGCCAUCCAGAAAGUGGACGACCUGCUGGAAAGCUAUAUGGGGAUCCGAGACAGCGAGCUUGCCGGCACCAUGGUGGAGUUGGGCAUCGACAAACAUAACCCCGACGACUUCUCACAGGCACUGGACCGCACACUAGGAGACUUUGCCUUUCCGGACGAGUUUGUAUUUGACGUUUGGGGGGCCAUUGGCGAUGCCAAGGCUGGACGAUACUAAGCUACUUUUAACUCCUUAAUCUCCUCCGAAGGGGAUCAAUCUGCUGCUGCCCCCUCCCCCCCAUGCUCUUCUCCACUACCCAGUUCCAGGAGACGCUCCUGUAAUGACAUCACUGGAGUGGGAUGACGUCACAAGGGCUAAACCACUGUAGACUU